AUGACGGUCAGGUCCAAGCCCAGGAGCAGCUUGGGUGAGACCCUCUUUGACCCCAUUGCAAUACCACUCCCAUCACUCCGCAGUACCCCCCCCCCUUCUGCCUUGCAUAUGCCCAACAGCUACCAGAAUGUUCUAGCCUUCCUAUUUGCCAUAGAAGAGAUCAACAAGAAUCCUCAUCUUUUACCCAACAUAUCUCUGGGAUAUGAGUUCCACAAUUUCAUUUAUAGUCACUGGAGGAUGCUGGAGAACUCUCUGGUUUUGCUCACAGGACAGAAUGAGAUUCCUAAUUACUCCUGUGGGAAAAGGAAAAAAUCUACAGCAGUGCUAACAGGAGCAUCGUGGGCAACAUCUAUUCAAAUUGGAACCCUGCUGGAGCUCUUCAAGUUUCCACAGGUUACAUUUUGUUCUUUCGAUCCUAUGCUAAGAGACAAUGGACAAUUUCCUUCUGUCUAUCAGGUAGCCCCGAAGGAAACAUCGUUGGCCCUUGCUAUGGUCUCCUUGAUGCUUCAUUUCAGAUGGACUUGGGUAGGCCUGGUCAUUAUGGAAGGUCAGAAAGGUCAUCAGUUUCUCCUAGAUGUGACAGGGGAGAUGGACAGGAACAAAGUCUGUGUAGCAUUUGUAAAAAUGGUCUCAAGUGCCCUUGUAUCCUAUAUAGCACUUACAAAAGAACACAUUAUCCUGACGAAGGAAAUAUCACAAGUAAAAGUGGUAGUCAUUUAUUAUGACACUGAUUUUCUAAAUGAUGUCAAUUACAAACUAGAGAAUUACUUAGUAAUGAACAAAGUCUGGGUCACAAACUCACAAUGGCAUGCUGACAUGACUGGGAAAAAUUUCAUAUUUAAUUCGUUCCAUGGGGCUUUCAUUUUGUCAAACCACCAUGAAAAAAUUUCUGGUUUCCAAACUUUUGUCCAAGAAGCGAACCCUUCUAAAUACCCAAAAGACUUGUAUCUCACCAUGUUUUGGUUCCAGAAUUUCCAUUGCUCAUUCUCUGAUUCUGAUUGCUCAUUGAAUAACUGUACACCUAAUGCGUCUAUGACAUGGCUGCCUGUGAAUCGUUUUGACACGGCCAUGACCGAUUGGAGUCACAAUACACACAACGCUGUGUAUGCUGUGGCCCAUGCACUCCACGAGAUGCUUCUCCAACAAGCACAAAGACCAUCCUUGGGAAACCAAGAAGGGAUGAUGUUUUCACCGUGGCAGCUCCACCCAAUUUUGAAGAGUAUGCAAUUCAUCAAUCCUGCUGGAGAGCUAGUGAAUUUGGAUGAGAAUAAGAAACUGGAUGUAGACUAUGACAUUGUCAACUUUUGGAAUUUUCCUGAAGGCCUUAAAGUCUUGAUGAAAUUUGGAACAUUUACCCGAGAUGCUCCACAUGGCCUCCAAUUGUCUUUAUCUGAUGAUAUGAUUGAGUGGGCCACAGGAAUUACAGAGACCCCACAGUCUGUAUGCAGUGAGAGUUGUCAUCCUGGAUUUAGAAAGACCUCUCAAGAGGGAAAACCUGCCUGCUGUUUUGAUUGUACCGCUUGCCCAGAGAAUGAGAUCACCAAUGACACAGUUGAUAUGGAACAAUGUGUAAAGUGUCCUGAUGACCAGUAUGCAACAGUACAGCAAAACCACUGCCUCCAAAGGUCUAUGACUUUUCUGGCUUAUGAAGACACCUUGGGGAAGACUCUGGCUGGCACUGCACUGAGUCUCGCUGUUGUCACAGUUAUAGUUCUUGGUCUCUUUGUGAAACACAGAGACACUCCCAUUGUCAAAGCCAACAACCGGGCCCUGAGUUAUACCCUGCUCAUCUCCCUCACCUGCUGUUUCCUCUGCUCCUUACUCUUCAUUGGUCUUCCCAACACAGCCACCUGCACCCUGCAGCAGACCACAUUUGGAAUUGUGUUCACUGUGGCUGUUUCCACUGUCUUGGCCAAAACCAUUACUGUGGUGCUAGCCUUUAAGGUCACAGCUCCAGGCAGGAGGAUGAGGCACUUGCUGGUGUCAGGAGCACCAAACUCCAUCAUCCCCAUCUGCACCCUGAUCCAGCUCACUCUUUGUGGAGUCUGGAUGGGGACAAAUCCACCCUACAUUGACACAGAUGUGCACUCUGAGCAUGGCCACAUCAUCAUCGUGUGCAACAAGGGCUCCCUCACUGCCUUCUACUGUGUCCUGGGAUACCUGGGCUCCCUGGCUCUGGUGAGCUUCACUGUGGCUUUCCUGUCCAGGAACCUGCCUGACACAUUCAAUGAAGCCAAGUUCCUGACGUUCAGCAUGCUCGUGUUCUGCAGCGUGUGGGUCACCUUCCUGCCUGUGUACCACAGCAGCAAGGGGAAGGCUAUGGUGGCCAUGGAGGUCUUCUCCAUCUUGGCCUCCAGUGCAGGGCUGCUGGGCUGCAUCUUUGCUCCCAAGUGCUACAUUAUUUUUUUCAGACCAGAGAGAAAUUUUCUGCAUGGGUUCAGAGAUAAAACACAUUCUGGCAAAACCAGAAGACAUUAUUAA